AUGCGCGUGACGCGCAACGAAGAUCGUGGAUAUUUUCUUGACCAGGAGGAGGCGAUUGUCGACUUGCUGCGUGACCACGGCAUGAACGAUGCCAACUCAAGUCGUGUGCCUAUCGGGACAGAUGUUUAUGAGGUUCAAUGUGCAAACAGCGGACAACCUGCAGACACGGGUGCUCCAGGUCAACCUAGCGUUCAUGCAUUUCAGUCUAUUGUCGGAUCGUUGCUCUGGGUAGCGAGGUGCACAAGACCCGACAUCGCAUUUGCGGUGCACAAGGCAACCAGACAAACACACGAGCCACGGAUUUGUGACUGGAAAUUGGCUAAGCGCAUCGUGCGCUAUCUGAGUGGCAAGCGUGGAUUGAAGAUCAGCAUGAAGCCAGCAGUCGAAGAAACGUCACAACCUGUUCUAAUGAGCUACAGUGACGCAGACUACGCAGCCGACAAGGCAGACAUAAAGUCUUUGACCGGUAGCGUUAUCAUGCUGAAUGGAAUGAUAAACAGCUGGUGCUCGUAA